AUGGCAGCGCUUUCACAAGCAAACCCUAGCUCCAUCUCCACCGCAUCCGCCCACCCAACGUCUCCUUCAGAUUCACCCCAAACUGAUCUACCCAAACUCGAAUCCGAUCCUGCGCCCCACCCCGAAUCCCUAAUUCGAGAAUCCCCUGAUCCACCGAAACCAGAGGAAAAUUCCCCAAAUGAGAAAUUGUCGGACGAUUCGGCCAAAGAAGGGAUCGGCGGCGAUGGAUUAGGAGAGGAGGAAGAAGAAGGGGAGAAGAACAAAGAGGAUAUUGUGGAGAAAUGCGUUCAGUCGACUUUGGCGUUGAGGAAGUGUAUGGAGGCGCAUUCCGAUUACUCUGCACCGCUGCUCGAUGCGGAGGAGGGGGUGAUGAAGCAGCUAGAGGAGGAAGAGAAAUCGGAUGAUGCUGACAAGAAGGAAUCGCCUUGA